AAGGUGUUUCACACUAUUGGCGGAUUUAAUAUUCCAUUUGUGAUUGCAUUAAUUUAUUUAUUGCGCCCAACUGAUUGACACUCUACUUAAGAGACAAAGCACGUUUUCUAUUUAAUUUCCGAAGUGAGUUCAGUUUCGAGAGGAUCCCUAUUUGACUCUCAGGGCGUCGAAACGGCAGCACAAUAAACACGUGGGACGCCAAAAAAGUGCAAAAAACCUCAUUAAAAAUAUUCGAGAAUUAAAACGAUUGCAUUCCAUGUAAAAAUGCUCGAGGAAACGUUUAGCAAAUACUAUUUGUGUAAUUUCAAUGAUGCAGUCCAGCUGGAGGAUUUGCCAAACGAUGAGCGACUUAGAAAUCUAUGGAUUAGCCAGGAUUUAUGGACAGUCGCAGAGCUCCAAACCAUAAUCAAAUCAUGGCAGGACAAUACAGAGCAGCAGCUAAAAUCCAGCGAACAGGCUACACAAUUGUUAAACAAAUUUCUGCAAUUGGUUUUCGCUUUUGUGCAAAACAAUUUCACUGGCCCCUUUGACAAAUUAGAAGCUUGCCAAGAUUUGCUGAUCAGCUUAAAACUAGAGCCGAGCAUUGCCCAGGAGCAGCUAAAGGCCAGUGGUGAGGAGCUGAAUCCCAACGUGAAGACGCCGCAAUUGUUGCUCGUAGCGCAACAAAUGCUUGACGCUUUAAUUGCAGCUCAGCCAACAUCAAAAUUGCUCAGCUGGUGGCGUCUGCGUUUGGUCUGCCUGCAUCAGCACAUGCUGGACGAUUUGGCCAGUGCUCUUUACGAGCAAUUCAAAUUGUCAGUUGCCGAUUUGCGUCCUCAUCUGGCCGCCUUUGGCGAGGAGGACAAGGAGCUGCAGUCGCUGCUUCUGCUCGAAAUAGCCAAUGGAUACCUUCAAUUUCAUCGAUCCGAUCUGUCGUGCCAGACAUUGACUGAGCUAUGCGAUCAGCUGCAGGUCGAACUCCAAGUGGAGGGAUUACUUGGUGUGCGCACCAAAUUCCAACAAAAACCGCUCCCACAACUCUGCCUGAAGGUGGUGCAGCAAUCUGGGAGUGAUAAUGGUUUACCCACAGCAAUGCUGAGCAACAAGGAAACAACGUUGCCUCAACUCUUGCUCCUGGAGGACGAUACCCGGCUGGAGCGCAUACGCUUCAUAGAGCCCAAGGACAACGAGGUGAUGACGCUGCCAAGCGUUCUCCAGGCCCUUGUCCUGGCCAAGGUUAAGCAACUGAAGCGUUCGCAGCCGAAGGAUCGCCUGGCCGAUGAGCAACUGGAGCCGUACACACAAACGCUUCUCUAUCAGCAACAUGGGCCGCUGCAGGUGCGCCAAGCGGCGCUGCUACUCAAUAGUCACCAGGAAUCGGGCAUGCGACGGACCGUGGAGCGCAGCUGGAAGCAGUGCGAGGAGUGCGUCAAAUUGUUGGACAACACCGAGCAGCAUACGCUGAGAGAACGGUUAUCCUAUGGAUUUGCCGCCUUCAUGCUGCCCAAGUGGCAGGUGCAACUGCAACUAGUUGAUCUGCUGCGUUCGCUGGGCAUGACGAAGACCGCGCUGGACAUCUGUCUGCAAAUCCACGCCUGGCAGCAGGUCAUCGAGUGCUAUACGAGUCUGGAGCUGCGUCACAAGGCGGCGGAGAUUAUACGCCAGGAGCUGGAGAAGCAGCCAACAGUUUUGCUCUAUUGUCUGCUGGGCGAUGCUGUGGACGAUCCACAGUGCUACGAGCAGGCCUGGCUCCACUCCAAGCAGACCAGCGGCAAAGCGCAAGCCUAUUGGGGCAACUAUUUCUACAGGCGCGCGGAUUACGCCCAGGCCAUCACCCACUACGAGAUAUCGCUGGAGAUCAACUCGCUGCAGGAGUCGAUAUUGCUGCGUGGCGGCUACUCUGCCAUUCAGCUGGAACGCUGGGACUUGGCUGUCAAGUGCUAUUUGGCCUAUACGCAUUUGGAGCCGCACGGCUUCGAGUCGUGGAAUAAUCUGGCCAAGGCGCUCAUCAAGCUGGGCGACAAGCAGCGAGCUCAUCGCCUGCUCGGCGAGGCUCUCAAGUGUAACUACAGCAAUUGGAAGGUGUGGGAGAAUUAUAUGCUUGUCUCGGUGGACAUCGCACACUGGGAGGAUGCAAUGCGUGCGUAUCAGCGACUCGGUGAGCUCAAGCAACAUUAUCUGGAUGAAGAGCUGCUGACGCGCAUUGUUUACGGCAUUGCCCGACAAAUGCAAUCAGAUUGCGCCGCCUCCUCGCAGGCGAUGUCAUCUUCACUCCACCGUCGCAUUACCCAGCUGCUGGGGCAGCAAUGCGUGCAGCAUGGCAAUGAACCGCUGGUCUGGGAAUUGGCUGCCUUAGUGGCAGCCACGCCGCUGAAGAAAGCCGAGCGUCUUGUUAAAUCCUAUCGUGCUUACACUGCCAAAGAGCUCAACUGGGAGACGAAGUCGGCGCACGCCAAGAAGGCGUUGAGUUUGUGCCUGGAUGUGGCCGAGUUGUCGCUGGCAGCGCUCAAGGAACAUGCCGAGGACGAGAGCGAAGCAAUGAUUACCUCACAGCUCAACUCGAGUCGUUUGGCUGCCACAUCCUGUCUGAAUGCCUUGAAGCGUGCCAGCCUCGUCGAGGUGCCCAAGGAGCAACUCGAGCAGCAGCAGCAGCUGGAACAGCAGCUCACCGAGCUCACUGGGAUCGUGCAGCAGCGAAUGCAGCGCACAUAGUUGCUAGCUACUCCAUUCUCCAUGCUCCAGUCUCCAUUUGUACAUAAAAUAAAUAAAUAAAAAAAUGUUUUUAAAA